CUUCUCGCGUAUAGAUAUGGACUAUGUAGCGCCAUUGGUGCUUAUUAUGGGAAUGGAAAACAACACAACUAAGCUGCUGUAGAAAACAUGUGGUCCCCUUUUGUGCACUUGAGCGACAGGGAAGUGAAAUGAAGUACUUAAUAUUCCUUCUUCUUACAGUAGCACAAACUACAUGCAUACUUGCAGCUUGCAAUGAUACAGACGUCUGUACUGCCGGGCUUGUUAGGGAUGUCUUAGCCGCCUUCUCUGCGAGCGGGAUCGAGGUCGCAGAUGCCUCGGCAGUAGGCAGCGCGCUGGCCACGGUGGUAACCAACUUCAGUUCCUCUUGCCUGGGAAUCACUCAGAGCGCUUUAAGAGCGGUCCGAUUGCUGUCACCCAGCGGCAAUGAGGACAACCUGGCACAGCUCGCCGGAAAUUACACCAUCGCCACGGGUUACCGCAUUGAGGUCACAUCCAUGGACCAGGAUCGCAUCGCGGAAGAGGUCAACUUUCAGAUGGACACCAACGUGUCCCUAUACGACGCUUGGAUCCUGGACGUUCCCUCCUCCGAAACCGCGUUGCGGGCUGGCGGCGUUGCGCUUCUGGGCGAGCUGGCAGCGCGAGACGCGGCGGGCCCGGGCUGGCUUGCGCAGAGCGGAGUGCACCCCUUCCUCCAAACCUACGCCGCCUCCUACAACGGCUCCCUCACCAGCGUCGUGCUCAGCGGCCAGGUGCCGCUGCUGUACUGGCGCCGCGACAUCUUCGCAGCGCACCUGGGCCCCGCCGCCGGGCCGCCUGCCACCUGGGAGCAGCUGCUGCAGGCCGCCGCCUGGCUGCAUGGACGCGACCUGGACGGGGACGGCCAGCCGGACUCCGCGCUGUGCUGCCAGGCGGAGGGGUGCUUCACGUCGGGGGUGCUGCUGGGGGCGAUGCUGGCGAGCAUGACGCAGCACCAGGGUCUGUCCACCGGCUGGCUCAUCCAUCCCGACACCAUGGCCCCGCUCGCCUCGGGUCCCCCGCUGCUGCGGGCGCUGGGGCUGCUGCGCAACCUGUCGCGCUACGAGUGCAGCGGCAGCAGCGGCUGCAGCUACGUGCACACGGCGUUCUUCGAGGGCACGUGCGCCAUGACAAUCAACUGGGCGCAGCAGUUCAAGGUCGCUGAGCUCAAGUAUCCCGAACUCCGGGGCAACGUGGGCGUGGCUGCCCUGCCGGGAUCUGCCGAGGUCUGGGAUCGUACGACGAAUACCUGGGUGUCGUGCGAUGACGUGGCUACAGCCUGUCCGUACGCGACGACCGAGGCGCCCUUACAGCUGGCCUCGCCACCGCCGCCACCGUCGCCGACGCCGCCGCGGCCCUCCCCGAGAGGGGGUGAAUCUAAUUGGGUCGCCGCUAUUCCUCCACAGCCGCCGACACCACCGCCGGCGCCACCGCUACCGCCGCGGCCCCCGCCGUUACCGCCAUCGCCGCCGCGGCCGCCGCUGUUACCGCCGGCGCCUCCGCGGCCGCCUCCGCGCCCGUCGCCGCCGCCGCGUCCACCACCUAAGCCCUCGCCGCCCUCGCCACCACUGCCUCCCACACCCCUUCCGUUGCCGUCCCUACCACCAGCACCACCACUGCCUCCUACCCUGCCGCCGCUGCCGUCCCUACUACCAACACCACUGCCUCCCACACCACCACGGUCACCCGAUGCUGCUGCUGCUCCUCCCGCCCUCCGUUCCCUGCUGGCUAGCAGCGGCAGCUCUUCCAGCUACAACAGCAGCAGUGACAGCAGUACCGGCAGCAGCGGCAGCAGUGUACGAGUCAACCGUGCGCCGUACUCGGGCAUGGCCGCGCUGCUGGGAGGUAUCGAUGCACGAACACCCCCAGAGUACCAGUCCGUCGCCUUCGCCUUCUUCGCUCAGUCCGCCUCCCCCAACCGCUCCUGGGAUCAGGUGCUCAGUGUGGAUUCGGUGGUGGGGCCCUUCCGGCUGGAGCACCUGCGGGAGGAGGGAUGGGGGCGCUGGCGGGCAGCGGGGUUUGACAUGAGGGAUCUGGAGCCCUUCCUGGCCGCCUGGACGGGCGCCCUGGAGCACCCCAAUGCCGCUCUACCGCUGCGGCUGCCGGGAGCCGCGGCGCUGCGGGACGCCC